UGUAAUACAGUACAUAAACUAGUGAUUUUGGAGUGGUGCUUGCCUGACUUUUUUGUGGUGUUUUUUUAAGAUGGCAUGACGAUACAAUUGGAAGUGUUAUUGUUGAAACUGCACACUUGACCAUUUGACUCAGUGGUGUAGUACCUGGACUGACCUGUGUGAGGCAGCAAUGUGCCGCAUGGUAUACAGUCGACUAAAAAGUUAGCUAGCAGUUAGCUUGUCUUCAACUCCAUUGUGGUGGAGACUUUUUGCUCACUCUUAAAUUAUACAGCAUGUAUGACACAUUAAUCCAUAAGAAUCACUUAGAAUUUGUUAAAUGUGCUUGAUUUAAAGUUCCGAGGUGACGUGUGGAAAACACUUUAGUGGUUUUCAUGUGACUCUCCCCGGAUAUGCUUCCCAAAAUGGCAGCACAGUCUGACAGCAGUCUACGUUGGGAUAUCCAGACUGUCCAGACACAUCCUCCAGGUCCACGGGGAGGACACAAAGGCCUUCCCAGGCCAGCAGUGAGACAUGAUCCCUCCAGGUGUCCUGUAGGUCUUCCACAGAGCCACCUUCCCCACCCACAACAUCACACUGGGGAGGCGUCCAGGAGGCACCCAGACACCCAAUGCUCCUCCCUACCAACCUGAAGGAUUCAAUUCAACGUCCUCCGACUGAGAAGCACGGACUCUGAUUUGGAGUGUCCUGUUAUUUCUACGCUAAAGUGACGGUGGCUGAACGGAGCAAUAGAUGCUAAUGUUACACGUGGUGUCAUUGCUAAGACACUGGAGGAAUGUACACUACACGAUAAGCAAUAUUCAAAACAAUGUACAUGAUGGACGGUGAGCUCAUCCAUCUACUCAAUGGUCGGAGGCUCGAUACAAACAUCGAUAUUAUCGAUACCAGGACCAGAAGACUGCAGAUCAGAAACAUUCCACCGCAUCUCCAGUGGGAAAUGUUGGAUGGCCUGUUGGCUCAGUGUGGAACUGUAGAGAACUGUGAACAAGUGAACACAGAAAGCGAGACGGCGGUGGUAAAUGUGACAUACGCAUCCCGAGAACAUGCCAGACAAGCCAUCCAGAAGCUGAAUGGAUACCAGCUUGAGAGCAACACCCUUCAUGUCUCCUACAUCCCUGAUGACAGCUCUGACCCGGAAGAAGACCACCGGGGGCCCGACAACGGCCGGCGCCCAGGGUACGGGCCCCGUAGUGGCCCCCGUGGUGGCUCCCCAAACUCUGGCAUGCCGAGCAAACUUCAGCACGCCGACAUCCCUCUGAGGCUUCUCGUGCCAACACAAUACGUAGGAGCCAUUAUUGGCAAAGAGGGAGCCACCAUCCGCAACAUCACCAAGCAGACGCAGAGCAAAAUCGACGUCCAUCGCAAAGAGAAUGCAGGCGCUGCUGAGAAGUCAAUCAGCAUCCAUUCCACGCCUGAGGGCUGCUCCGCCGCCUGCCAGAUGAUCCUAGACAUCAUGCAGCAGGAGGCCAAGGACACCAAGACCGCUGACGAGGUUCCUUUGAAGCUUCUUGCUCACAAUAACUUUGUGGGGCGCCUCAUCGGGAAAGAGGGACGCAACCUCAAAAAGGUCGAGCAGGACACCGACACCAAGAUCACAAUUUCACCUCUGCAGGAUCUGACACUUUACAACCCGGAAAGAACGAUCACGGUCAAAGGAUCCAUUGAAGCCUGCUGUCAAGCUGAGGUGGAGAUUAUGAAGAAGGUCAGAGAGGCCUACGAGAACGAUAUCGCUGCAAUGAAUCAACAGACUCACCUGAUACCUGGGCUGAACCUGGGAGCUUUAGGCCUCUUCCCGUCUUCCUCCAACAUGCCUCCACCGCCAUCGGGAAACCAAGUCCCUGGAACGCCAUACUCUUGUUUUGGGGUAACAAACUGCAUCCAAAACCACGUUAGACGGCUGUUGAACUGUUGUGUAAAGCACUUCCUGUUUGUGCGUAUAUGUCGUCAGGCUCCGGAGCAGGAGACGGUGCACGUGUACAUACCAGCACAGGCGGUGGGAGCCAUCAUUGGAAAGAAAGGGCAGCACAUCAAACAACUGAGUCGCUUUGCUGGGGCGUCCAUCAAGAUUGCCCCCGCUGAAACUCCAGAUUCUAAAAUGAGGAUGGUGAUCGUGACUGGACCCCCUGAAGCUCAGUUUAAGGCCCAGGGGCGAAUCUACGGUAAACUGAAAGAAGAGAACUUUUUUGGGCCAAAGGAAGAAGUCAAACUGGAAACUCACAUCAAGAUGGCGGCUGCUGCUGCAGGAAGGGUGAUUGGGAAGGGUGGCAAGACGGUGAAUGAGCUGCAGAACCUCACAGCAGCUGAGGUGGUCGUGCCCAGGGAACAGACGCCUGAUGAAAAUGACCAGGUCAUAGUCAAGAUUAUUGGACAUUUCUAUGCCAGCCAGUUGGCUCAAAGAAAGAUCCGAGACAUCCUGACUCAGAUCAAACAGCCACAGAAAGGCGGGGGAUGCCCCGCCCCACAAAACCAGGUCUUCUCAGAGCGCUGCAGCCCGACACAGGGACUGAAUCAAGACCACCAGCUGCGCAGAAAGUGAUGGUCGCAGCACCGCCUGCUCCCCACACACACGCACACACACGCACACACACACACACAUACACACACACACUGUGGGGCAGCCUGAUUGACAGACAGACAAGACGUACAGACAAAUGCAGAGACACAAAGAUGGACGAACAGAUCAAGGAGAGCAACACAAGGAUCCAGCGAUAUACAGGGAGACGUGAAGAGGAUGGGUAUAUGCCCAUGUGAGAGAAAAACAUUUCAAAAGAAAUGCAAUUAAAAAUGCAUUUCAUGAAAAGGAUAAAGUCGAUUGAAAAGCAGACCAGAUGACAAGCCAGAAGAGAGACUGAUUGAGGAUGGAGGGAUGAAGGACAUGAGGGAACGGUGUCCUCCUAGUGUGCCUUGGUGGACGUGCAGCAGUUCCUCAUCUGCUGCAAAUCCUGCAUCACAUCGGUUUAGAUUGAAACAACAUGGCUGACAUUGGAUGGAAGCGGCCGUAUUGUUUGGAAAUCUACUGCGGAAGCCAGACGAGAGAAAUCUGUACUUUGGAGACACGAGCCGGGGUCUCUUGGAGCCUCCGGUGUCCCUUACAGGCCUCUCCGGCCAUCUGCAGUCAGUCUUAUAUUUUCUAUGGUCUUUAAGAGGAAUAUAUGUAUAGAAAUCUUUUAUUCAAAUAGAAAGCAGUCAAGCAGUGCGAGGAGAGGGAGCAGGAAGACCGAGGCCUGGCAAAACCACAAGCGGAUUAGUGCGUCGCUGCACUUAAGAGUCAUAAAGCAGUACAAUAUCCACACCUUUAACAACAUUAGUAUUUCAUCCUAUGUUGGUUUAGGAAGUGUACCUCCUUAUAAAAAAUAUGAACAGUCCACAAUGUUUAUGAAAGGUUUAUUUUAAGAGUGACAGAAUGGAAAAAAACAAGGAGGAUCUCAAUCCAUGACAGCAAAGUGUCUUACUAAUGCUUUUCUUGCUGACGGUGCUCCCAACUCCUGUGGCAUCAUCAAGCACCAGAGCGAGAGUGAUUGAUCAAUGAUCUUUAGUCUUGCCCAUAGCGGUGGAGAGGUUUCAAAUGGACAGAAUUCCGAAUUUUCUUUACAUUCCGUGUCUCUUUGUUCCAAUAAAGCGACCAUAAAGAUGGUGGACUGUUCAUAUAUCUUUGUCAGCAUUGUUGUCCUCGCUCAAUUCCUCCAACCUUUUGGUACCCGAGUCUUGCUGAGAAAAGAUCAACUCAGAGGACGAGGUGUCCCUGUUCUCUCUCCCAGUCUGCCAGAGCCUCUUUGUGAUUGAUAACGAGGGGAAUGAUUUCGAUGGGACACUUGCCAAGAUUAGAGAAGGAAUAAAAAGCAGAAGAUGAAAAGAAUCUACCUCAGGGUGAAGUUACCUCAGUAUUCCUAAAUUUUCUUUGCUUGCUGAUAUUUUAUAUGAGACGAAGAAAACAAAAGCUGUUAGUCCUGAAUAUUUUUUAUUUUUUUAAGAAAAAAAAGGAAUAUUUUUUUUAGGUGUUGUUUUUUUUCCUCUCUCUGUUGUCGUGUUUUCGUGCUUGGAUGAGUUGAGAAUGAUGAGAAAGUGUGUUUUUCCAAGGAAAGGAUCGCUUCUGUGCCAUUUUGCCUUUGGAGAAGGAAACACGCGCUUUGUCUUCCUGACGUGUGAUUGGUGAAUACCUGCCAAUGGGGAGCCGUGUUCAUGUUUGUCUUCACUGUCGCCGUAAGCUCUUCAAGCGUCCUCGUGCAACAUGGGGGUUUUGGAUGCUUACCAGCUUGCCCUGUUGUACAACGUAUAUACCCCCCCAAGUGCCAAAUAUUACCCGGAGAUUUGAGGACAUGGGACGGUUUGUUUUUGAGCCACCUUCCAAGUAAACUUGGUAGGAAAUGUGCUGGUAGAUGAAAUGGAAUUGAAUCAUGCAGCAGUGUUGGAGAAUGAAGGUGCAUUAAUGGACCUACAGGACAUGCAAAGUCUCUGGACUAGUCAGAAGGUGAAUGUAUUACUCUGCACUGACACCUCCCAAGGCUCCCCAUUGGCAUGUGAGCGUGGGUGUGAUGGGUGUUAUUUUUUGUGAAAUCAGAAGAGAACCUAUGAUGUCUCCACUGAGGGGGUGGGGACCAUUCCCUUCGGCAAAAUGGGAGCAAAAACAAAGCAAAAGAUACAAUUUAAAACACACACAACAGCACUGUGUAUCUGUGUCAUCAGUCACAACACACAAGGUAACGAUUGUUUGAACCCGUAAGAAGCCUGAGCUGUAAUAUAACGGUGAAUUUACCACAAAACCAACUUUUUCUGAUUUAAAAAUGUAAAUAUCUUCUGAUUUCAUGAUUUCAGCCUCGCAAAUGUGAAUAUUUGGUCGACAUUCCACUUGGUGGUAAAUCCAGAUGCGCCUUGAUAAACAGAAGAUGAUAGACUUAUGGACUCUACGGUUUGGUGUGUCACAUGGUUCCACUUGUGUGUUUGUUUACAGCGCCACACGAAGGUGUGCCUUCUGUGUUACAUUAUUUUUACCCCGUGACACGUUCCCCGUCUAUUUGCUAAUCUGGCACAAUUUGGAUGCAAAUUGUUUUUCAAACCCUAAAGUCUGUCCGGAUAGGAUCUUAGAGACUUGGUGACUUUAUGUCCACUUUUGAGGACAUUGAAAGUGUCGCCAUGGCUUCUUAUGGGUUUAAGCAAGCGGUGACCCUAAUCUGGAAUUCAUAAUCUUUACAACGUUUAGCUUGAUGCCACCGACCUUCAUUGGAAAAUUGGAAAACCAAAGCAAACGUUUAGUGUGUGUCACGCUUCCAUUUUUCCGUCCGGUGGUGACAGUUUUACAACUUAUGUUGAAGUUGUCUGACAUUUGUUUCAAACUUCAACCUCAUUCUAAAAGCAGGGGUGUCCAAACUCUUUCCAAAAAGUUCUAAAAAAAAAAAUCCAAGACUGCAGCGUUCAGAUAUGUUAGACCAUAAGAGGAAAAAAACUUUUCAGUGUGUUUACAGGUGACAUAGCGUGUUAUUUGUAUUAACAUUUUAACUUUUUACUUUUUUCCUCCACUCUGUUGCGAGAAAACCAGAAACAAGCUGCGCCGCAUUUUGGACGCCCCUGUUGUAUAGCAUGGGGGUCUACCAUCGUAUUUAGGAUUCAGCCAUUUGGAAUACUAACAAAGUCUUUUUUUUUUUUUUAAAUGUCGUUUUCUUUCAGCAAGCUUUAUUGGGCAUGAAAUACUGUUGCACUAAUUGAGGUGAACUGUGGACAGCAUCAUCGUAUCCCAACUUGUCAACAAACAUCUAACACCAGAAACAUGAUGCAGAUUUUUCAAGAAAAGCAUAACGAGUGAAGGAGUGUCGUGGCAACCUUCAAUUCUUUCUUCUCCCCGGCAUCUUUCCGUAUGACUCAGUUCUCCUUGUUUUCAUUCUGCCAAGCGGGAUGAGACGUUUGAUUUUUUUUUUUUAAGGGGGGUGGAGUGGGCUGGAACACGUAGUUUCCAUGCCUUCUCUUCUGCUGGUCUUUUACUGUGUUGGCUUUGCUAUUUUCUGUUCAAGACGCUUUUGGAUUUCUUUCGUACUUUGUUUCCUCAUGUCUCAAGACGUGGUUGGAUUUUAUUUUUGAUUCCACAUAUUUUUUCCACCUCAAGCAACCAAGGCUAUGUCCACACCGACAAGGGGAAUUUAAAAAAAGGCAGAUUUUUGUAGGCAAUUAGAUUUUUUUGUUGAAACACAAACAGACAUUUUUGUCCUUAAAAACCAAGCCAUUGGAAGAAUUUUAAAAAGCAACGUUUUCAAAAACCUCAGCCUCAGUGUUGUGCUGUCACACGGGAAAUGUGAAAAAAGUUCCCCAUGACCGGCGUGGUGGAAACGUGCCUUGUUGAAAGCCUCUGCAUUGGUGUGGACAUGGUCUAAAUAUAAUGUAUGACUAACAUGUAGGUCUGUGCUUGGCAUAAGCAUGCCAAGCAAUGUCGACCCAGAUCGAAGCAAUGUAGACUCAGAUCUAAGCAGUGUAGACCCGGAUCUAAGAAAUGUAGACUCCGAUCUAAGCAGUGCACACCCGGAUCUAAGCAGUGCAGACCCGGAUGCAAGAAAUGUAGACCCGGAUCUAAGCAGUAUACACCCGGACCUAAGCAGUGUAGACCCGGAUCUGUUUAAAUCCAACAGAACAAGGUUGAGGGAUGAAAAGUGAGUUGCCACACAAAGAAAAUGAAGCGUCAAACUUUUCUGGAUUGUUGAAAGAACAUGGCGGUGUUUCUUGUUUACCUAGUCAAAUGCUAACUGACCAACAACCCCCCAAUACAGGAGGCAGUGUGGUUGCAUUUGUGUUGCUAUGGUAACAACUAUACACCUGCUAUAUAGCCAUGCAACCCUAGGAACGCCAAGUCAAAACAAGGGUGUCCUGGUUAUAAUAGCAGCCUUGAGCCUCCAACAUUGCGCGGAAGUCAGGAACAGUACCGCUGGAUUGGUGGUCCCCCUUUUCAAGAAGGGUGACAGGAGGGUGUGUUCCAACUACAGGGGGGGUCACACCCUUCAGAGAAGAGUACAGGGGCCUUAGGAUCUCAUCUCAUGAUUGGGUCCUUCAUUAGGCUGUGACCUUCAGCGGUUACUAGGGCAGUUCACAGCUUUGGCACCUCCAAAUCUAAAGCAAUGGUUCUCCGAUAUAGUACAUUCCUGCCCUCACCUGGGCGGGGUUGUGACCAAAACGCCAGAUGGUGGAUACAAGCAUUUCCUCCAUAGCCCUAAAACAUAGGGAGAGGAGCUCAGAGUAGAUCCACUGGCGGUGGACCGGGAAGUGACCGCAAAGUCUGGACUUCCUUUAGUUACCCUGGCAACACAAAUGCAACCAUGCUGCCCAUUGCAUUGGAGCCUGGAGCUUGUAUAAAGACAUAAAAGUAUUGAUACACAGCAUGCAAACUCAUUCUCGGCUACGUGGCAUAACGCUUCUUCAUCCCCUACAUUGCCUCCUCCACACCCUACCUUGAAUAAAGUCACAUAACUAGGACGCUACCUCAAAGCAAAACAAAAACUCAGCCAGAAGAUUGUUCAUUUCAGAGGAAUUAUUUCACGUAUAACCUAGCAAACCAUGGGUGACAGCCUUUCAAACAACAAGGGCUUUGACGUUUGCAGCAGGGGUGUCCAAGGUUUAACAAAAAAGAAAAGAAAAAAAAAAAUCGAAGAAUGUGGCAUAUUUUUAAUAUUGUUUAAAAGGCUAAAAACCAGUCCAAAGUAGCGCGGUUAAAAUCUAUAUUUAAAGGAAAAAAACACUGUUAUUGUGACAAAGUUUAUCGUUAUUAUUAGUUAUUAUAACUAUCAAUAUUAUUGAUUUCCUGUGGGCUGCAAAUGGUCCCCAGGCCUCACUUUGGACAGCCCUAGUCACCAACAUGAAUUUAGCAUGAAUAUUAUGUCAUGAUUUCACAUGCAAGCAAUAUUAAAUGAUGGCUGAGAGCCUUUGACACAAUUUAUUUUGCAGUUUGUAAAAACUAUUUCCAGCUUAGAAAUGACACUAUAAAAAUAUAUACUUCAACCAGGGGUGUCCUAACUUUUUCAACUGAAAAAUCAAAAGGACUUGGGGGUCAAUUUUUCAUUUGGUUUAAAAAAAAAAAAAAGAUGACAAAAACUAUGUGUUGAUUUUGUGUUAUAAGUGUAUUAUUAGCACUACUAGUCAUAAUAUUUUCUUCUUUACAUUAGACCAUUUUUGCUUAGUUUUCAUUUUCAUUCCUACAAUGUCCCCCAGGCCAAUUGCAAAACUAAAUAUGGGCCACCAAUGGCCCCCGGACCAUGGAUUGGACACCCCUGACUUAGCGCAUGAAACGACAAAGAAAAAGACAAGCAAGCAAGGUUGACAGGCGGUUCAGAGCACGUGAUGAUGGCACCCAGGAUUAUUUGGGCACUGAACAUCACCGCCCUCAGAUUAUAUUGCCCAGAAGCAAGGGGCCCCACAUGUAACGUAACAUGAAACUGUUUUGUUCAUCUACCUCUUAGGAAAAAAAAAAUAGGUGAAAGAUUUUUUUUGUGGGAAAAAAAAGUGAAAGGAAAUCGAGGAAAAUGAAUAACUGGUCUCUCAUAUACCGUCAUAGAUGGUCAGUUAAAUGCAGAACACUUUUUAU